AUGUUGAGACGUAUUCCUACAGCUGUGCGUGUAGCCAACUGGACUAGAAGCUUAGCUACAGUCAGUAAUAGUGGUGGAGAUACCGUUCAGAAAACAAGCAAGUUUGAUAUUGUAAUUGCUGGCGGAGGAAUGGUCGGCUCUGCAAUGGCUUGCAGCAUAGGUUAUAAUCCAAUCUUUGGUGAAUACAAAAUCGCAUUAUUAGAGCCCAAUCCAGUUAAGACAAUGGCAAUCCAAGCCGACUUUAGUAACCGUGUUAGUGCAAUUAUUCCAGGAUCUAUCAAUGUUCUUGAUGACAUUGGAGUAUGGCCAUACAUCAGUGAGUUGCGAGCUAAAUUAUUUCAGUCCAUGCAGGUAUGGGAUGCCGCAAGUGACCACAGUUUUUUAUUACUGGAUUCAAAAUUUACUGAUGAAAAGAUGGGCUACGUCGUCGAAAAUGAUGUCAUUAUGUUAGCUUUGAUGAAGCGGUUGAAAUUACUAGAUUCUAAUGUCGAAAUCCUUCACUGCAAAGUUGACGACAUCAGCUUACAGAUUAGUAAUGGUGAUAUAGGCAACGUGUCAAUAAAGCUCGAUAACGAUGAUCUAAUCGAAACCAGAUUAUUGAUCGGUGCCGAUGGACCUCAAUCAUCUAUACGCACUGCUGCUAAUAUUAAACAUAUUUCAUUGCCAUAUAAUCAACUUGCAAUUGUGGCAACUUUACAACUAGAGAAUCAAAACGAGAAUGUCGUGGCGUGGCAACGGUUUUUACCAGACGGUCCCAUAGCAUUAUUGCCCCUCUCUAAUUCUAGGAGCUCCUUGGUAUGGACAACUAACCCAAAACAUGGAAAAAUGUUACUAGAAAUGUCAAAUGAAGAAUUUAUAGAUUCUGUAAAUAAUGCUUUCGUAAAUAAUGACCAUGUGAUUCCUAACAUCAACAGAAUUAGCUCUACAAUAAAUCGUGGGCUUAAUAGCAUACCAAGCGGAAACUUUAAAGAAGCUCCUCAAAGUCCUCCAACUGUUGCUGGUAUCGAUAAUAAUAGUCGUGGCGGCUUUCCUUUAUCACUGGGCCAUGCAACCAAUUACGUUAUGAACAGACUUGCGCUAAUAGGAGAUGCAGCUCAUCGAGUUCAUCCAUUAGCUGGCCAAGGGGUUAAUUUAGGUUUUAAAGAUGUUGAAGUGUUAUCGAAAGUUUUAGCUGAAGCUGUUACAGAAGGCAAUGAUAUCGGUGCAUUACCUCAUCUACUUAAAUAUGAAAGCACAAGGCAGUUACAGGUUCUACCAAUCAUGGCAACGAUAGAUAACCUGAACAGACUUUUUUCCAAUAAAAAUGCAUCACUUGCUUUGGCUAGAGGAAUAGGCUUUCAAUUUCUAAAUUAUCUUACACCUUUGAAGGUAAUAUGUCACGUAAUUCCAUUAUACUAA